AUGAACUAUCAGAGAAUAUUUGUACUCGGAUUAUUUAUACUAAAUAUACAGAAGAUAAGAGGAGAGAUGGGUGGUGUGAUUAUUGAAGACAUUUCUCUUAAAAAUGACAUUCUGAUAGAAGACCAUACACGAACAAUAGACGAUUAUUUUAUAGCACAAAGGUGUAUAGAUACUUUCUGUAUUAAGAACAUAGGUGAAAGUGUGAUUAAGGGAGUAUUUAUACCAGAGCACAAUAUACAGCACUUAUCAUAUUACGACGAUCUUGGCAGUAUUCAUAAAAAGAUAUUCCGUAAUAGUAUGUUUCUGCUUGGAUUUAGGUAUCCUGUAAAACCAAACGAAAGAAUUUCUUUUUCUGUAGAAACAAUAUAUAAGGGAACUAAAAAAAGCAAUAGUGAAGUGUGGCCAUUUGACAAUGCGGCGGUUCUUAAAAGAUCUGUUGAAAGCACGUAUUUUAAUAUAUUUAAAAGAGCAGUGCCAACGGAUGAUUAUUACAGCAAAGUAUAAUAUGAGUAGAGAAUAUACUAUUGAAAUAGAACUAAACUGUAGAAUAUCAGAUAA